UCUCUGCCUGAGUUAGCGACCUAUUACUUGAAGCAAAUGCGCAAGAUUCAGAGCAAGGGACCUUAUCACAUAGCAGGUUAUUCCUUUGGAGCCUGUGUUGGAUUUGAAAUGGGUCUUCAAUUACAAAAGAUGGGAGAACAAGUGGUUUUGACUCUGAUUGAUGGUUCACCGGAUUAUGUGAAAUACCACUCUGUGAAUAUUGGUAAACACGCUAAUGAGGACGUAGAUGUCAGUGAGGAUGGUUGCCGG